AUGGUUUGUCCCAAUAUCAAAAGACUAGUGGUCUGGUCGACGUUGGUCUUUGUGCUGGCGAGAUUUGUGGACUUUUCAUCGAGUGAGUUCGACCCAGUGCGCUCACAAUGGACCGGCUCUGUUGAGUACCUCACGUCAAAUAAAAUCUACGGAGAGUAUAUCCAGCCUAUCAAUGAAAAGGUCAACCCAUACGUUACAGAGCUCAGUGAUAACUACGUUAGACCUUCAAUUUCAAAAGUUACUGCGAUCACCUCUGAUAAAUAUAAGGUUUACCUAUCCAACUACGUGGCACUUGCAUGCGCAAAGUUCACAAGUUCACCUGUUUAUGACUUUUGGAUUGAGCAGAAACCAAGAUUGGACUCGUUCUAUGCUAAAUCAUUGGUGUCUUUUGAUAAGUUGAGAGCAUUGACGACCAGAUACAUUGCAAUUUUUGUCAUCGAGUCUCAACGUGUGUUGAAAUUGGCUGCUGGGAAAUCGUGCCAAUGUUCUUGUGCUGCGAAGAAGUACAUCCACGACGCUUAUGUUACGCUGAAACCACAAGCUUGUGCCUUCUACAAGUCUAAGGUUGUGCCAGUUUCCAAAGAGGCAUGGUCCCAAACUUUGAAAUAUACUCGUGUUGCUUACGAACAGUCUAAACAGUUUUACAUUUCCACUGCUCAACCGCUUUUGGAAAAGUAUGUCUAUGCUCAUGUUAGACCGCUCUACGUCAAAUAUUUGGCUGGUUAUGUUGAUAAGUUAACACAACUUCUGGUGAAGUAUUACACAUUGUUCAGAUUGAACGAUGCCCUAAAUGCUUCAAAGAAACUCAUCUCCGGUUCUUAUGACCAGGCGCUGGUGUAUUUCAACAAGGACAGUUAUAUCCCAACGGAAAUUGAACCAACUACUUCGUUUGAAGAGGACUUACCAACAGACACCGACAUUGAUUUCGAAGCGGCUGAAACUGUUCGUGUGACUGAUGAUAGCGAAGACGAGAUUGAACCUGAAGCUGCUACCACCGACGACGAGGUUCCACUACCACAAGAAACUCCUGUGGUUGAAGGUGUCACUGAAGAGAAGGACUUGAAAGAACUUGACAGAACGAAAAGUACCGAUGAGGAGGAUAAUGCAGUUGUAUUGAGUCUUGCAGAGGAAAUCUCUGAGUGGAAGCGUUUCAUCGUUGAAUCUGUCCAAAACAUCUUUAAGAACUUUGAUACGACAAUUUCAACCAUGGAAUCUGAGCAGAUUGAAGAAUUCCAACCAAAGUUGUCAAAGGCGCUCCAAGAUAUGACCACCAAGGCACAGUUGAAUUUCCAAGAAAUCAACAAAGCCAUCUACAACAUUGAUUCCAAGACCGUUCUCUUGGAUAACGGUGAUGAAGCUGAAGUUGACAGAAACGGCAAUAUCAUUGAUCACAAGAUUACAAGACAAGAAAUCCGUGAUAUCUUGGCUGAAAAGAAGGACUUCUUGAAAGAGCGUGCAGAUGCAAUCAAUAUUCUAUUGAGAUCUUUUGUUUCUGGUCUUGAAGCUCAAGCUGAGGAGGAGAGAACUAUGAUUGUUGACGUAUAUGAAGAAUUUGCCGAAGUUGCGAUCAACGAGUUUAGCAAGAAGAUGAUGUACUCUAGCUUUGCUUCAAGCUUUGACAACUUACAAAAGGGCGGAGAUGGCGAAAAUGUUCGUGACUGGAAGGAUUACCUCAAGAUUAAGAAAGAUCUCAUUUCAAACAGAGAUGUUCUCAUAGAUAAGGCUGUGGAAUUCCCAUUAGUGGAAAAACUCUUGAGUGAAAUUUACCAAACAAUGAAGACGCUUGAACAAGAGAAUGGUAGUUACUUUGCCAUUUUGAGAGCCCAAGCCAAUUUGGCAUUCCAAGAACGUGAGCAACACGAACGUGAAGUUUCACAGCAUUUGGAAGAAGACGAGGACUACACGAUCACUAGUACUGUUAUCAAGUACCAAACCAUUAAUGUUGAUGGUGAGGUAGAGACCAAUUCUGCUGUUGUUGAUGAGGAGUUGGAGCAAGACAAUGAACAAAAAGAUGCACCAACUACAGAGACCAUUGAGUCAGCGACAGAAAACCCUAAACCAACCCCAUUGGCCGUUGUCGAUCGUCCUCAACGUGUUUACGCUCGCGCACCACCAAAGCCAGAGCACUCUUGAAGUUGCGUAUAUACUAAGCGGGUCUGUUUCUCAUCUACUUGCUUUCCUAAUUAUAUAUGUAACCU